AUAUCAAAUCAGAUGGUGUUAUUUUUUCAUUUUCUCAGUUGUAAAUUUAGAGCGUAGUACUAGCACAUCGUAGUGUUUUAUAUUGCAUUUUUUUUAUUGAAUUCUUCACCUCUUACGUCAGGAUUUUGAAAAUUAGAUCGUAGAAUUCCAUAAGAAUUUGGGAUUCAUAUAUUAUAUAAUGGCAUCGAGGUUUCGUAAAAUUGGUAUUACCACUGUAAGUGCCUGUGUUGGUGCUGCACUUUCAGCAUGGUAUUUACACAACAAAGAUUCACCAUAUAAAGUUUAUACCGACGUCGCAAGACCACCAAAAAGAAAACGUACCCUCCCACCGAGAGAUGAGCAAAUCAAACAAUUGCAAAGUGGCGAAGAAUAUGAUGUACUUAUAAUUGGUGGUGGAGCAACUGGAGCAGGAUGUGCUCUAGAUUCUGUAACACGUGGUUUGAAAACAGCUUUAGUUGAAGGAGAUGAUUUUGCUAGUGGAACUUCUUCAAGAUCUACGAAAUUGAUUCAUGGCGGCGUAAGAUAUUUGCAAAAGGCUAUUUUAGGACUUGAUAUUGAACAAUAUCGCAUGGUAAAAGAAGCAUUGGCUGAACGUGCAUCCAUGUUAAGAUCUGCUCCACAUUUAACUCACCCAUUACCAAUUAUGUUACCAGUGUAUACUUGGUGGCAAGUGCCAUAUUAUUGGGUUGGUAUUAAAGCUUAUGAUUUUGUAGCUGGUGAUGCAAAUGUAAAGAGCUCUUAUUAUUUAUCGAAACAAGAUGCCUUGGAAUUGUAUCCAAUGUUGAAGAAAGAUAAGCUUUGUGGUGCUAUUGUUUAUUACGAUGGUCAACAAGAUGAUGCUAGAAUGGCAUUGGCAGUUGCUUUGACUGCUGCUCGUCAUGGUGCAACUGUAUGCAAUCACGUUUCAGUUACAGAAUUGAUGAAGAAAAAAGAUGCUAGUGGUAAGAUGGUUUUAUGCGGCGCUAAAGUAAAGGAUCAUAUUAGUGGAAAAGAAUGGUCAGUCAAAGCAAAAUGUAUUAUAAAUGCUACUGGUCCAUUUACUGAUCACAUUCGUAAAAUGGAUGAUCCAACUAUUAAAACCAUAUGUUGUCCAAGUUCUGGUGUGCAUAUUGUUUUGCCAGGCUAUUACAGUCCUGAGCAAAUGGGUUUACUUGAUCCUUCUACAUCUGAUGGUAGAGUUAUUUUCUUCUUACCAUGGCAAAGACACACAAUCGCUGGUACUACAGACUCACCAUGUGAAAUAACACAUUCACCACGACCAAAUGAAGAUGAAAUUGAAUUCAUUCUUAACGAAAUUAAGAAUUAUUUAAAUAAAGACGUUGAAGUUCGCCGUGGUGAUGUAUUGUCAGCAUGGAGUGGUAUUCGUCCACUCGUUUCUGAUCCAAACAAAGGCGAUACACAAUCUUUGGCUAGAAAUCAUAUAGUACAUGUUAGUCCAUCAAAUUUGGUAACGAUUGCUGGAGGAAAAUGGACAACAUAUCGCGCUAUGGCAGAGCAUACACUUGAUGCAGCUAUAAAGGCUUGUAAUUUAAAACCUGAACGCUCAGAAGCUGUUACAUCUUUAUUAAAAAUUGAAGGAGGUCAAGGUUGGACACCAACUAUGUAUAUUCGUUUAGUACAAGAUUUUGGUUUAGAAUGUGAAGUUGCACAACAUUUGGCAAAAUCUUAUGGUGACCGAGCUUUCGCUGUUGCCAAAAUGGCAUCAUUAACUGGUAAAAGAUGGCCAAUUAUCGGUAAUAAAUUACAUCCAGAAUUUCCAUAUAUUGAUGCUGAAAUUCGUUAUGGUGUUAGAGAAUAUGCUUGUAACGCGGUUGAUAUGAUUGCUAGACGUUUAAGAUUGGCAUUUUUGAAUGUUCAGGCAGCACAAGAAGCUUUACCAAUGGUUGUUGAUAUUAUGGGUGAAGAAUUAAAAUGGAGUAAACAAGAAAAAGAAAAACAAAUUAAAGAAGCUUCAGACUUUUUAGUAACACAAAUGGGACAACGAUUAAAUACACAAUCGAAGGGCAAAUUACAAGUUAAUUUGUCUAAAAGUGAAAUUGAUAAAUAUGUUAAAAGAUUCCAAAUUAUCGAUAAAGAUAAUAAGGGAUAUGUAUCAAUUAAUGAUAUACGUAGAGCGAUGAAAAGUUACGGAGAGGAAGAUGUUUCUGGUGAACAGCUUCAUGAAAUCUUACGUGAAAUUGAUACAAAUAUGAAUGGGCAAGUCGAAUUAGAUGAAUAUUUGCAAAUGAUGUCAGCUAUUAAAACUGGCACCAUUGCACAUUCAAGAUUUGCUGUUAUGGCUGAAGUCGAAGAAGCAAAACAUGAAGCUGAUAAAUUAAAGAAAAAGAUCACAGUUGAUAGAUCAGGUGGAGGAUUAUAAAUUAAAUAAAAUAAAUAAUUCUCCGCAUCUUGCUCUCCGUUUUUGAUUUAAUUUUAUAUUUUUUUUUUUCUUCUCAAAAUACAAAAGAAAAAAAAAUACAAAAGAAAAUCAAAAAGCAACCUACAUCGACUCUGCGUAUUAUGAGCACAUAUUUUUUAAUUUUUUUUUUUUCUGAUUCUUGUUAAGGAAGAAAAAAAAUUUUUUGGGAAAAAGACGAUUUCUAUUUAAUUGGUAUACUAACGAAUCUUUUCAUUUAUACUAAAAUAUUAAGCUAAAAAGAAAGUUUUAUGAUUUUUUUUUUGUUUUAGCUAUAUUUUAUGUAUGUACUUAAAAUUUAUUAUUUUUCUUUAUAAUUUAAUUUUUCUUAUUUAUUUAUUUAAUAAUUUCGAAUUUGAAUAUCGAAUUCAUUUGAUUUUUUGGAAUCCUAAUUUAAAAGAAUUUACGAAAAUAAAAGAUACAAAAUUUUCUGUAUCUUUUGUAUCUGCUAUAUAAUUAUAUAAUAUAACAAAACAAAAGUAGUGGUGAUUAUUUUUUUUUUUUGCUAUUUGUUUAAAAUUCAUUUCAAAAUAUAUAAUUAUACAUGUAUGUACAAAAAAAAACUAUUAUAAUUAUAUAUUUUAAUGAAGAAAGGAAAAAGUGUAAAAAAAAUAGCAAAAAAUUGCGUGUCCUUUUAGGGCACCAAUCGGUUGAUUAAAAUUACUGUUGCCAAAUUAAGUUAUUUAGUUAUUGUUUAUUUUUUUUUUUUUACAACAAUUGGAAUUAUAUACCAAAUUUUAUAUAUAAUUUUACAUAAAUGUUUUUCUUUUUGAAAUUGGUUGUAAUAAUAUUUUAUCUAUAUUUAGAUAUUGUAUAUUAUAUAUUAUAUAUUAUAUAUACUAAAUUAUUUAUUAAAUUUUUCUUUUGUUAUUGUAA